AUGGCUUCUUUACGGACAUCCGUGGCUGCGACGAGCUCUGCUGUGACCAAGUUAAUAGUCACAAACCCAACAUUUAAACGACAGCAGAAGGAAAAUAGUACCGUGAGGAAUGCGCGGAAGCGGGACAAAACAACAAAAGGAAAUCGACAUUCAAGUGAAAAAGAUGGCAAGAAUAAAACAACGAGAGGACAGUCGCCGUUGUCCGUGGUUUUGACCGGUAUACCCUCCGCGAAUGCUAGAUACGCGAACGUGGCGACUAUUGGGGUCAAUAUACUUGUGGGACUCUUCUCUCUCGAUGUCCUUCUCCGGGGCCAAUAUCUGAAUGCUGGUGCUGACCUGACCUUUUCACGGGUUGGAUAUGUAUCGCCAACAACUGCCAAAAUUCUCCUGCGCGAACCCGAUGUAGAAAAGCUUCCUAUCAACAUCGCCUACCAAGAAAUGCAAGGCGGGCGGGUGGGCAAAUUGAUUGAAGCGGGAACAAUAGAUACUAUAUUAGAAGAGACGGAUUACACCUAUCCUGUGUCUUUGACCGGCCUUCAACCCUCGACAAAGUAUCGAUAUUUGUUCUCAAAUAACCAGUCCGGGGAGUUUACCACAGCACCAGCCCCAGGCUCUGAAGCUGCAAACAGAGUCACCUUCUUGACCUCGAGUUGCAUGAAGCCGAACUUUCCGUACAAUCCCCUAAAUCACCCACUCCAGAUCACAGGCCUUGAAUAUCUUUCCAAGAUCGUAUCAAAGCUCCCUGCCCUUCCCUCAUUCAUGCUCUUCCUAGGGGAUUUCAUCUACAUCGACGUCCCAUACCGAUAUGGCUCUUCCGUCUCCGACUACCGAAGCGAAUACCGCAAAGUCUACGCUUCUCCUUCAUGGCAUGUGCAGCCGGAGCCGCCAAUCAACAUCCCCUGGCUCCACACCCUCGACGAUCAUGAAAUCGAUAACAACUGGCACAAGGGGAACAUCACACCCCCAUACCCAGCAGCAUUCGACCCAUACCGCCACUACCACAUGAGCGUCAACCCUCCGAUCCCUGAACACCCCUUUGCUAUCCCUUCUAACACUACCUACUUCUCCUUCACUCACGGCCCCGCCGCCAUCUUUAUGGUGGAUACUCGCACAUACCGCUCGGAACCGCAACAAGAAAACUCCACGAUGCUUGGUUCGGCACAGCUUGCCUCUCUGCUUGCCUUCAUUUCCCGCCCAGAGCCUGCAGGUGUGAGAUGGAAAAUAAUCACGAGUGGCGUGCCGUUUACAAAAAAUUGGCGCAUUGGGACGGAAGAUACUUGGGGAGGUUUCUUGGUUGAACGGCGCAAAAUCUUUGAAGCUAUCUGGCGGACCGAGAGGGAACAGGGGAUCCGCGUAGUGCUCCUGAGUGGCGACAGACAUGAAUUUGGCGCGACAAGGUUUCCUGACCCAACUCUGGCAAAAGCGGCAGCAGAUAGCAAUGAUUCACAUGGUCAUGACAGCAACAUGGGUAUCCAUGAGUUCUGCACGGGUCCGCUUAGCAUGUUCUAUGUUCCCGUAGACUCCUACGUGCAGACGGACGAUGAGGAUGUUAUGAUCAAGUACUAUCCCGCUGGCAACAACAAGCUGGGCGUAAUCAAUAUUGACAUGGAUAAUGCAGGCAAUUCGGUGCUGAGGUAUAGUUUGUAUGUCGGUGAAGACCUUUUGUGGGGAUAUAAACUGGUUAGUCCACUGGUCUUGGGAGGUGAACAGAAUGGCAUGUUGCCAGCUGAAGAAGUUUUUCUGGACAGGACGAGAAGAAAAGUUGUGCCGCAAUUGAUUAAGAAGGUAUCUGGGGAAGUUAUGGGGUGGGCGAGGCCUUGGUUGAAGAGGAGUUUGGAUUUUGUUACUGGUAAGGUGUUUGGGUUGUUGCAGGGGGAGGUUGCGACGGAGAUGCAGUCGGAGUUAAGGUAA